AUGUCCAGCCUGUCUGCUCCCAGCAACGCGUCAGACUUUGCCGCUCCCACCCGUGAGACGCGUCCUCGUGUUUGUGAUAUGGGUGGUCCUUCUGCUCACCACCGUUCCUCGCUGUUUCUGCACAGCUGCUUCGGUGCAAUCGACCAACAGCGCAGACAUGGGGUCCGUACUGUCUCCAAUUACGGUUCAGACCCAACAGAACCACCUUCCUGCGCCCAGCGGCGCGACUCCCGAAUGUGGACGAAGCACACCGCUCGCCUCAAGGCCGACCUCGUCCAACUCAAUUGAUCAACAAAUCAAACAGAUUCAGGAAGAGAUUCGAGCUCUCCAUGAUGCCGUUCGUGCGUUGCCUUCAACUUCGCGAAUGUCGUCGUCGCAGAAGCAGCCCCAUGUGCUCUAUGGCUUGCAACGUCGCCUCGAGACAAUGAAGUAUUGUCUGCAUCAUGGCGUUCGGGACGACGACCUCGACUCGUACAUGCCUCGUGCGAUCCGAAGGAAUGACACAAACGACUGGAACGCUUUCAAGACGAGCCGCUUUUUCCACUGUCUCGUCGAGAAGGACGGACUCGAAGGUGAGCGCGGCGUCUGCCUUUCUAGCUCAUCCCGAGAUCGUUCAUUUUGGCAUUUCAAGACGCUCCUUUACGCUCCUUUACGCUUCUUUGACUCACAAAUUGAUCACUCUGUACCUCUACAAAGUCUCGAAAGAUUUUUCUACGCUAAACACAAUUGGAUCGCGCUACUGGGAAAAAGUCAAAGACUCGCCAGAUCUUUAUGAACAAUGGAAGGAAGCGUGAGCAAGUGAAGCCGAAGCGCGUGAACACAAGCAGACCACUCGUCCCUUCAAGCGAUGGCGAAUCGAUCCUGCUGCCAUCACCAAACUGAGUCACAAGUACGAAAAGACGAUACACGAACUGGUCCGUGACAAUUCAGCUCUUCUCGUUGGGCUCUCCUCAAUUCUCAUGAUCCUCCCGCUGACUUAGAUAGCUUGGCACUGCAUCAGGUUAAUCAGCAUGCUGACACCUACGGAUUCGACGCGUUAGUCAUCGUCGGCUCGAACAAGCUCGAGAAUAAAAAUGAUCGUUUCAUCGUUUCGACGCUUGGCGGCGCAGCUUUCAUGCGGCGCCAAAGCUGGGGUUCUCAAAAGAACGAUGUGCUCGUUAACUUCACGGAAUGCAUAAAUGGCACCCGGUUCAAUCAGGAGCGAGACGAGCAAUUCAAGAUGGAAGGUCUGUCAGACAAGCUUCAGAACGGACCUUGUGCUCGGCGAUAGAUUGGUGCUGAUUCCAAGAACUGAUGAGCAGCUCAUCAUGGUGAUGUUGACAAGGCGUCUCACCGAGUGCUCUGCACAUGGUAUCGCAUUAUCAUUGACGAUUACUAUAGUAAGCAAUCACUCCACCGCUCUGCGCCCACAUUUGGCAGCCCAUGACUGAAGUUUUGUGGCCGUGCAGAUCAAGCGCUCCGUCGUCGCCACAACAGAAACAAGUCUAUUCAGCCCUACGUGCCUUCCAAGCUUACGAGCUACAACCAGGAAACUCUUGCGAAGGAUCCAACCGCCCUUGUUAUCGAGCUCGGAAACGGUCUUCACGAGCAUGAUUUCCGCAGUCCUACCAAUGGCAAGAAGCCGACCGUUAACAAUUUGA